UGUCCCAAUCUGGCAACACUGCCUAUGUCCUCUCCAUGCUCCUCUCUUCGUCCCUGGAGGGUGAAUAUUGCGCAUGCGCACCCAAUGUAACAAGAUGGCGGAAAGUGCGGAACUGAAGCAAAUGGUAAUGAGCCUACGAGUUUCAGAGCUCCAGGUGUUGUUGGGAUACGCAGGACGGAAUAAACACGGGCGAAAACACGAACUCUUGACCAAAGCCAUUCACCUCCUCAAAGCCGGCUGCAGCCCCGCAGUGCAGAUGAAAAUCAAGGAGCUCUAUAGGCGGCGCUUCCCCACCAAAAUGGUAUCGCCACUGGACCUCGCCCUGCCCACUGUCCACUCCUCUACCAGCCUACCGACUGGCCUCACUCAGUUGGGGUUUGACAGCCACGGUGCUCCGUCUCCCCUGCUCCCCGUCUCCCUACUGGGGCCCAAGCACGAGCUGGGCCUGGCUCACCUGCCGUCGGCUCUGCACCCGGUACACCCUGACGUUAAGCUCCAGAGACUGCCCUUCUACGACAUGCUAGACGAGCUCAUCAAGCCAACCAGCCUGUCCUCUGACAACAGUCAACGAUUCCAGGAAACAUGUUACGCGUUUGCACUGACACCGCAGCAAGUGCAACAAAUCAGCAGCUCCAUGGACAUCUCUGGUACCAAAUGUGAUUUUGCGGUUCAGGUCCAGUUACGAUUUUGUUUAUCAGAGACGAGCUGUCCCCAGGAGGACCAUUUCCCUCCCAACCUUUGUGUGAAGGUGAACGGAAAGCCCUGCACCCUGCCGGGAUAUCUCCCUCCAACCAAAAAUGGAGUGGAACCAAAAAGGCCCAGUAGGCCCAUCAACAUCACCUCUCUGGUGAGGCUGUCCACCACGGUCCCCAACACCAUCGUGGUCUCAUGGACCUCGGAAAUUGGCAGGAGUUUCUCCAUGGCUGUGUAUUUGGUCCGGCAGCAGACGUCCACUGUGUUGUUGCAAAGACUACGGGCCAAAGGAAUCAGGAACCCUGACCACUCCAGGGCUCUAAUAAAAGAAAAGUUAACCGCUGAUCCCGAGAGUGAAAUCGCCACCACCAGUCUACGAGUGUCGCUCCUCUGUCCACUAGGGAAGAUGAGGCUGACCAUCCCAUGCAGAGCGUUGACGUGCUCACACCUGCAGUGCUUCGACGCUACGCUGUACAUCCAAAUGAAUGAGAAGAAGCCCACCUGGGUGUGUCCGGUUUGUGACAAGAAGGCCCCCUACGAGCACCUAAUAAUAGACGGGCUUUUCAUGGAGAUCCUGAAUAGCUGCUCAGACUCUGAUGAGAUUCAGUUCGUUGAAGAUGGGAACUGGGCCCCUAUGAGGUCAAAGAAGGAGGUGCAGGAGGUGUCUGGCUCCUACAACGGGGUCGACUCGGAUUCGGCUCGAACCGACAGCUCGGAUCAGAAACACGGUUCCAACCACGACAACAAAAAGGUAGACGUGAUCGACCUGACGCUGGACAGCUCCUCAGAGGAGGAGCUGGACGACGAGCCCCCUCCCAAGAGGCCCUGUCCCUCGCUGUCGCCCCAGUCUCCUCCCGCGACCAAGGGAGUGUUGAACCUCCACUCCCAGGCGUCCCCUGUGAGCCGAGCUCCCAGCAUGCCCCCUGUGGAGACCAGCUACAUUCCACCUCCUCCACCUCUCAUUCAAGACUACCGCCAUUACUACCACACACCCAGUGACCUGCCAGAUUUAAAUUUCUUCUCCUUUCUACAAGGCGACAAUCAGCAUUACAACAUGGUGAUGGCGGCGGCGGCGGCGGCGUCCGCCUCCACCUCGGAGGACCACGACCUGCUGCUCAACCGCUUCCUGCCCUACGGCUCGUCGCAGAUGUUCCUGGAGCAGCCCUCCACGCCGGGCAGCAGCACGCUGGCCGCCACCAACGGGGGCAGCAACAGCGGCAGCACCAGUAGCCUGGUGUCCUCCGGCAGCCUGCGGGAGCGCGACAAAGACCGGGAGAGAGACCGCGACCGCGACAACCACUCCAUCUCGGGCAUGUCGAGGUCGUCGGCGGAAGCGGCGGCGGCGGCGAUGUACGGCUCCAUAUCUGACGUUAUCUCCCUGGACUAGAGCCGCAGGCGACCAGACACACACACACAUGUGGACCCGGACACACACAGGGGACCGGAUACACACACUGAUCCGGACACACACACAAACCUGGACACACACACACAAACCUGGACACACACACACAGACCUGGACACACACACACACAGACCUGGACAUGGACACACACAGACCUGGACACACACACACAGACCUGGACACACGCACACACAUGCGAACACGCGGGACACGCACACACGGGACACACACACGCACAUGAGACACGCACACACGGCACGCAUGGCACACGCGCGCGCACGGGACCGGGACCGGACCCCAGGCCCGGAUAAACACACGGUCUCGGAAACACACACACAGGGCUAAACACACCCACAGGGCUGGAAACACCCACACAAACCCGGACUCAUACAUACGGACCUGGACAAACAUACCCGGACAAACGCACACGGACACACGGACCCGGACAAACACACGGACCUGGACACGCACACAUACCCGGGCACCAACACACACACACAAAUGGACCCGGACACACACACACGCAGACCCGGACGCCAAUGACAGAGGGGAGUUUGUUUGUAAAUAGAGGAAGAGGAUGUCAGUGGGAGAAAAAAAAACUGCUAUGUACAGAGAGGAAAUCUAUUUUCAACUUGACUUAUAUGUAUAUAAAACCUAGGACAAAUCCUGUCAAGUAAGUAAGUUACUUCGAUUGAUAUUUUUCUGUGAAUACCGAACACUUUUACACACCUCUUCAUGUGGUCCUUUGAUUAUAUUGUACCUUUUGUACCUGGUUUUUACGGUUUUAUUUCAAUAUCUCAUGUCAAUGGCAUUAUUCCUAUAUAAGACGAAGUGUGAGGAACCUUAUGUGGGGACACUUUACGGACAUGCUAUUUAGAUUGAAGAGAAAAUGGGCAUUGGUACACAUUCGCAGGUGGCAGUUCCCUGCCAAACAGAAUGUGUGAUGCAGAAUGUGUCCCUUCUUACUUAACCUCUGUCAAACUCAUUUGUACUACCAUCACAUUUUUCCUGCAGACAUUCAUGCUGUGGUUUAUUAUUUUUACGGAAUUAUUUAUGAUGUAAGUUAUGUUGGUUGUAUGCUGUCUAAUAAGCAUUCCCUAUGUCCCAGGAGUUGUAGCCACUAAAACCGCUAAAGGUCCUACUGUUUCAUAUCUCCUCAACAUAAUAUUUUAAGCUCACUUUGUUUGCGCUGCUUUCUGUCGAGUCAUACGGCUGUGUAUUUUUCCAUGGAAACAUCAUAUUCUUACAGAAUUGGGAUUUACACUGUAGAAUGAUGCAGAAUAACAGAAUAACCCAGCCUCUCUUUUGUUGGGAUGUGCAAAAACACGUGGCCAAAAACCUUUUGGACCAUUGUGUUCAUCUGAGUUAAUCCACUUGAGUUGUAUUUAUGCUUAAAAUCUCACGGUAGCAAAUUAGUGCUCUGAAACGCUAGUUACAGUGGGAGGAUAUUUGAUCAGACUUUGAAUCCUAUUAAUUGUUGUUGGCCUAACGAUGGUCCUUAUUCUCCACCUUCUAUUCCUCCUGAAUGCAUUAUUUAAUAUCCACCACACUUGCUUUCAGUGACAUGUCAUUUGUAGAACAUGCGCAUUACAUGCAUUUAAGACUUGAUGCAUUGUUUUGGCUUUGCAUGUGUUGCAGAUUUGGUCCUUUGGAAUUGCCUGAAAUCUCUACUUUCACCUCUGCUCUUACUUUGAGUGGAUGUGAAAGGAAUAGCCUACCUUUUGUUCAGUGUCUGCAAUAACCUAAAAAUAAAGAAUAAAGUUAAAUGUGAAUGCUUUCUUCAUAAGUGUAUCACAGUACAUUUAUGCCCAGAAGAUAACAUCUGGCCCUCGUCAUAGUUAGGAUUAUUUAUUAUCAUAUAUAUUUUUUUGCAUUUUGUUUGAUUUGUGGAUACGCAUUGCUGUCAUUGUAUGAUAUUUCUUUUGUAAUUACAUAAUUAAUGCUAUUUAAAAAAAUAUUGUUGCUUGACAUGCAUUGUACAUUUUUCGGUUCUGUUUUCUGUCUGUUUUACUAUCAAAUAUGUCAGUUAUACGAUGGAGGCUUUGAUCAUUUUGACCUGCUUCAAAGUUCAACUGUGCUGUUUGAUAUUUGUAAGAAUUAAACAAAUAUAUAAAAACA